GAGCCCUAUAUAGGGACAGGUAAGUCCUUGAGAAAGCGUGUUCUUGUGUAGAGCUCAUUGAAGAUGAAGUUCGUCGCCGUUGCAGUCCUUCUGGUGGCCGUCGCGUGCCAGGCGAGCGUCCUGCCUCGCGAGCGCCGCGCUCUGGGCUUCGCCUGGAACAUCGCCCGCUCUGGAGUGGAGGCCGGUCGCAGGGCAGCCCUGGCUGGUCUCAGCGCCACCAGCUCCGUCGUGGACGCUGCCACCGGCGCCGCUCGCGGUGGCCUCGCCCUGGGACAGAAGGCCGCCACCGGUGCCCUGGACCUGGGCCGCAACGCCGCCGACCUCGGCGUCAAGGGAGCCGGAGCCGUGCUCAACGCUGGCGACCGCGUGGCCGAGGCCGGCAUCGACGUCAGCCGCAAGGCCACCGCCACCGGCGCCAACCUCGCCCGCAGCGGCAUCAACUUCGCCGAGUCCGCGGCCUCUGCCGUUGGCCUGGGCAACAUCGCCGGCCUCGCCGGCGACAUCAGCCGCAGCGCCGUCGGCACCGCCGAGAAGAUCGCCAACAAGGGCAUCGACCUCGGCCAGAUCGGCCUGGACACCGGCGUCAGCAUCGGCAAGGCCGGCAUCGCCGCCGGCAAGCAGGUGGCCGACCUCGGCCUCAACACCGCCCAGACCGCCGUCAACUCCGGCGUCGAACUCGCCAACGUCGGCGUCAACGCCGGCAGGUCUGCCGCCGGAGUCGGCCUUGGCCUCGCCGCCGACGUCACCAACCUCGCCGCCGACGGCGCAGUCAACGGCAUCAACACCGUCAGCGCCUAAGCCAGUCUAUUUGGUUGCGUCUUCUUUUGAGAAAUUUAAAUAAAUUUAAAGAAACUCAUAUACUGCUGCACGUUGUAAACUUCAUGUAAAAUUAGUCAGACACUGUUAAAAAAAGUGCUUUAAAUUAAGGGGAGGUUCUGGUGAAAAUCUUGCCAUUUCCCAAAUGGAUCCCAGUGUCAUAAUUUGUUCGGAAUAUAAGAUCUUUCUUUGAGGAGACUAAAA